AUGACGUUGCCUCCUUUUUUCACCUGUGGCUUUCUAUCCUACGUUAGGGAUCACACAGUGAGGGACGUUCAAGUGUACUGGUACCAUCCGGAUUUCAGUCAGAGUCGAUAUCCACCUGGUCAACAAGUUAGCGAAGCUUGCACAUUGAUAUGUCUUCUUGUCGCCCAACGCAUUUGCGAGUCAAAAUUGCAACUUGAGAAUGUAGAGACUUCUCCUCAGCUAACAGCGAUGAUUGGAGCAUCGAUUGUAGAAGGAAAUGACACUCAUGCUUGGAUCCUUCGACGAGGAUUAGUACCCCAUCCUUAUUUGAACACAGACGAGGCCCUCACAUUUGGUGGCAAACGUUUAAAAAGUAUUGUAGAAUGGCAAUUUCAGGUCUUCAGAGAAAAUAUUGAGACAAGUCUCUGUACGAACAUUCAAAGAUUCCUACAUGAUUGGUACCAGAAACCCCGAGGCGAAACCCUUAUUAUGCUUCUGAUCACAUGUGGCCGAACAGUAUUAUUGCUAUUCCAGAGCAGGGCGAAUAAAAUAACACUUUUCGAUUCUCAUGGACACAGUACAGUCAGGAAUCCACACAGAGGCUUAGUAGUUGCUCAAGCAAAAUUCGAAAGAUUAUACGACUUAUGUGACUGGUACAUUCAAGACGUCCUCCACAACUGCUUUAACGUCUACGCAGAUCAGUACGAAUUAGCUUUCCUCUAUUACGUAGACGCCGGUUGCUGCAAAAGUGAAGAAAGUCCAUGUGACUGUGGCUGCAACAAUUGCUGAAUAAAAACUAUUCGACUAUAAAGGAAAAAAACAAAAAAUUAAACUCACUACUUUGUUUCAUUAUUUCGUUUUAUUGGAGCCACAAAAAAUUAAAACUUCCGUAUUCAGAUAUACUGACAUUU